CCAAAAAACCUCAGCCAAAAUCUGCAGAAAUACGUGGCAGACGUGCCCCUCCCACUGCGCAUGCCCCGGCCGCGUCCUUCGCUUCACCUUACCCACCGAAGAUGGCGGCCGCGACCACGAUGCAGUGGGCUCCACACGAUUACCAGCUUCUGGCCAAGCAGGACGCAUAUCGGGCCAUGGAGGCGGAGUUGAAGAAGCUGUUUGACACGGCGCCGCAAGAUGACCCAGCCAAGAAGGAGACACUCCAGAAAGAUUUUGAAGGCUUUAAGAAGCUCUUCACAAGAUUCCUCCAGGAGAAAAGUCCCCACAUCAACUGGGAAAAGAUCCAGCCUCUUCGCGAAGGAGCAGUGUUACCUUAUGCUGACAUCAGCCAGAGAGAGCUCACACCUGAGAUUUGCUCUAACCUACUGAGCAAACUGGUGGUGCUGAAGCUAAAUGGAGGCCUUGGCACCAGCAUGGGCUGCAAGGGGCCCAAGAGUCUGAUCUCUGUGCGGAGUGGUCUCACAUUUCUGGACCUCACUGUGCAGCAGAUUGAGGACCUGAACCGGAGAUACAACAGUGAAGUGCCUUUGGUUCUCAUGAACUCCUUCAAUACUGAUGAAGAUACUGAGAAGAUCCUGAGAAAGUACAAGUCAUGUCAAGUUAAGAUAUUCACCUUCAACCAGAGCAGGUAUCCCAGAAUAAACAAGGAGUCUCUGCUUCCCAUCGCAACAGAUGUGUCUGACUCCAACCUGGAAGCGUGGUAUCCCCCAGGGCAUGGGGACACCUACAAGGCUUUUGCAGAGUCUGGUCUCUUGGAACAGUUCAUUAAGGAAGGCAAGGAAUUUGUCUUUGUUUCCAACAUCGACAACCUAGGAGCAACUGUGGACUUCAGCAUCUUAAACCACAUGGUGAACCCGCCAAAUGGCCCCAUGAGUGAAUAUGUCAUGGAAGUGACUGACAAGACACGAGCUGAUGUCAAGGGAGGUACAUUGGUCGGAUAUGAGGACAAGCUUCGUCUGCUGGAGAUUGCACAAGUGCACAAGGAUCACGUCGAUGAAUUCAAGUCGGUGACAAAGUUUAAUAAAGACAGCAAAUUUUUCUGCAGAUUUUUCAACACGAAUAACUUGUGGAUGAAGCUUUCUGCCAUGAAACGCCUUGUAGACAAGAAUGAACUUGACAUGGAGGUCAUUGUCAACAACAAGACACUUGGUGACGGGCUGGGUGUCAUCCAGCUGGAGACGGCUGUGGGGGCUGCCAUCAAGAACUUUGACAAUGCCAUUGGAGUUAAUGUGCCUCGGAGUAGGUUCCUGCCCGUGAAGAAGACGUCAGACUUGCUGCUGGUGAUGUCUAAUCUCUACGACAUGGACAAUGGCUUCUUAGACAUGAGUGCCAAGAGACAGUUCAAAACUGUUCCUUUAGUAAAAUUGGGGUCACACUUUGAAAAGGUUCAGGAGUUCCUGCGACGUUUUGAGAACAUCCCAGACAUGUUGGAGUUGGAUCACCUGACAGUCUCAGGAGACGUCACCUUUGGAAAAGACGUGUCCUUGAAGGGUACAGUAAUCAUCGUUGCUGAGCAUGGGAACCGAAUCAACAUCCCUCCUGGUGCAGUACUGGAGAACAAGAUUGUGUCUGGCAAUCUCCGCAUCCUGGACCACUAGAGCCCACCUUGUGUGGUGGACCAUGAGAUGUAGCUCCUGCUGUACACAUCCCUUGUAGACCACAGCCUAUGUAGACCAUUAUCACAAGACACAAAGCAACUGUUUGACAAGACUUAGCUGUUCAGCGAAACCUUGGUAGAUAAGUUUACAGUGUUGUUGUUUGCAGUGAUAGUUCAUCCCUAUUUGACAAGAAGAAAGCCAUGUAACCCAUGAGUCAUGACAAGUUUAACAGACUGUUCUAUAUGAUAACAACAAGGUUCUAUUUAAUAAGUGCAAAAUAACAGUUCUGUUUCAUAAGAUGAACAGAUUCUUUACUGUGCCAGUAAAAACUGCUUGAACAAAGGCUAAAAGUCAUCUUACCAGGUAUGCUGUACUGGGAGUUAGAACUCCAUGUUGUGGACCAGUGUAGCCAGCCUUCUUCUGUGCUUCCAUGAGGCAAUGCCGUAUUAAGUACAAUCAAUAUUAUAACAGAGUUAUACUAUUAGAUGGAUGGUAGACCUCAUAGCUGUGAUUUAAUCUUAACUGUAUAUUAGUGAAUCACUUUUCCUUCUGUCAACAUAGUUGGCAAUAAUAAGGCUUUCAAAUUGUGUUAGGCAUUAUUUUUAAAAUUUUAAGUGAUUUUCUUUCAAUAUAUGUACUUUUACAUAUUAAUUCCUGUUUGAUGUAAUAAUCUAUGAAAGACUUGCCAACGUAAAGUGCAGAUAAGAGAAAUAACACAACUGCAUAUAUAGAAUAUUAGAUGCUCUGAAAAAAGCUACAGAAAAGUAGAUUCAAGUUUGGCUGCUUCAAAUUGUGUAAUGAUGUCCCCAUGACAUGCAGUUUUCUUCAAGCUUUUGUUACCUGAAAGAAUUUUACUGGACAACACUUUUUUUUCUUUAUACAAUACUGUUGUUGAUUGAAUUCAGCAUGAUAGCAAGCCAAUAUCAAGAGACUUGACUUUUAGACUUAACGCUAGUUCACCUUAAUCCGUGGGUAUUUAGAGAUUUCAGAUCAAUGACGUGGUUUUCAAAUCAACAUUUUCAAAAUAUUACAAUGUGAAACUACGUUCCAUCGAGUUUAAUGAUCCCAAAAUACCCUAUUCUUAUAUACAACGGAAAAAGGUUACCCUACGGAUAAAGGUCAGCUGACGUUACUUGAAGCCCCAUGUUGAGGUGAAAAUAAUUUAUGGCCAAAUAUGAGAUUGACAAGCUUCUAGUGUUAAUAUGCUGCGAGAUUAAACUAUCACAUUGAGUCCUAAUCAAAAUAAAAAUUGAUUAUCAAGUUUGAGCAAAGCUAUUAGAUAAAAGACAGUUGAAAGUAUGUUGCAUGGGCCCAUGUGGUACUGUCAAUUUGUUUUAAGGAUUCAACUUGUUUUGUAAGUCUGACAAAUUAUAGUCAUAUCAAUUAUGGGAAAGAUAAAAUAUUACAAUAAAGGUAGAAAUGAUAUUCUUUGCAAAA